CGUCUGGGUAGUGUACACGGCUCGGAGCUGCCGUACGUGUUCGGUGACCCGCUGCUGCCGGCGGCGGAGACGGGCAUCCGCUACACGUCCGGCCCCGACCUCAGCCGCGCGGUCGUCGCUCUCUGGACCAACUUCGCCAAGACCGGGUGCGAGUUCACCACCGAUGGGGCUGGAGGACCCGAACGGGCCACGGCAGGAGGCGCGCGCCGCUCUAGCGGCCGGGAGCGGAGCCGAUACAGAGCCGUCACCUGGCCGCCCUACAACGCCACGCACCGCAGCUACCUGAACCUGGGCUCGAAGCUGCGCGUGCGCAGCCGGUACCGCGCGCGCGAGGUAGCCUUCUGGGCGCGCCUGGUGCCGCUGCAGCGAGCGCGCGCCAGCG